AGCCACCAGGGAAGUGCCACUCUUGUAAUUUUCAACCUCUCAGUUAUCUGUUGAUUGGUUUAAAAAUCAAAAGGGCACAGACUACCUGGGCUGACCAAUCAGAGCCCUCAUCCCAUGAUUACUGUUGAUUGGUCCUGAUCAAAUUAUACCUUUGCCUAGGUAUAAAGCCAGAGCCAUCAGGACAUUGGUCUGCAUUUGGAGACCAGCUGCUGAGAGAACACUGUCUCUGUGAAUCCUUGAAUAGCUCCAGUUGGAAUCAGGAUUUUGUUGAUCAGAGGUUUGGCUUUGAAACUUCCAUGAAGACACUUUUUGCCACAGUGAGCUGAGAAACUGCCAGGCACUCAAGCCUGUGAAUCCAGGGAAGCCUCCUAGGCAUUUACAUCUCCAACCAAAGAAAGUAACAGAGCUGCAGACUGAGGCAGGACUUGGUUCAGGGAGCCUUCCUCUCUGGGAAACACCCUCUUUCCUUUGGCUAUAGAAUAAAGCAUAGGGAAGAGGUUACUCCCUAAUACUCUCAGGUACCCACAGCAUACCUAAGACCCCGAGAGGCCACUGCUGAUUAUACUGCAGCCAUGCAGGCUAAGCACCUUGGUUCCCAGAACCCAAGUUGUAAGAUCAUGACCUUCCACCCAACCAUGGAAGAAUAUGCGGAUUUCAACAAAUACAUUGCUUACAUAGAAUCGCAAGGGGCCCACCGAGCAGGCUUGGCUAAGAUAGUUCCACCCAAGGAAUGGAAAGCCAGACAGACCUACGACGAUAUUGAUGAUAUCUUAAUAGCCGCUCCGCUCCAGCAGGUGGUCUCUGGGAGGGCAGGUGUGUUUACUCAAUACCACAAAAAGAAGAAAGCCAUGACCGUGGCAGAGUACCGCCACUUAGCAAAUACUGAAAAAUACCAGACUCCGUUCUACUCCGAUUUUGAGGAAUUGGAGCGAAAAUAUUGGAAAACCCGCCUCUUUGAGUCCCCAAUAUACGGCGCGGAUAUCAGUGGCUCUUUAUUUGAUGAAAACACGAAGCAGUGGAACCUGGGACACCUGGGGACCAUCCAGGACCUGCUGGAGCAGGAGUGCGGGGUGGUCAUCGAGGGCGUCAACACCCCCUACCUGUACUUCGGCAUGUGGAAGACCGCCUUCGCCUGGCACACGGAGGACAUGGACCUUUACAGCAUCAACUUCCUGCACUUCGGGGAGCCCAAGACCUGGUACGCGGUGCCGCCCGAGCACGGCCGGCGCCUGGAACUCCUGGCCGGCGCGCUCUUCCCGGAUAGCGCGCGGGGCUGCGAGGCCUUCCUGCGCCACAAGGCGGCGCUCAUCUCGCCCACGGUGCUCCGGGACAACGGCAUCCCCUUCGGUCGGGUCACGCAGGAGGCGGGCGAGUUCAUGGUGACCUUCCCCUACGGCUACCACUCGGGCUUCAACCACGGCUUCAACUGCGCCGAGGCCAUCAAUUUCGCCACCCCGCGCUGGAUCGAUUAUGGCAAAGUGGCCUCGCAGUGCAGCUGCGGCGAGGCGCAGGUGGCCUUCUCCAUGGACGCCUUCGUGCGCAUCCUGCAGCCCGAGCGCUAUGAGCUGUGGAAGCGCGGGCAGGACCGGGCAGUGGUGAACCACGCCGAGCCCGCGGCGCCGGGCGGCCAGGGGCUGAGUGCCUGGAGGGAGGUGCACUCGCCCUGGGGAACCCGGCUCGCCUGCAACUCCCAGGAGCCGCGCCAGACCCCGCCGCGGAAGCCAGGUCCAUCUCCAGAUCACCACCCAACUGGCAGAUGUGUUUCUCGUCGUCGUCCUCGGAAAAGGGGUACUCCAGAGCUGACUGUCCGACCCGGGCGAAGAGGAGCCUCUCCAAAGACUCAGAUAUGAGACGCAGCCCUGCCCUGCAGAGGGACCCUGGAUGGAACAACCCAGCCGGUGGGCUCCAACGUCUUGCUAAGGCCUCCGAGUAUGACUGCUCUUAGGAGAAGCCUUUGUACCCCACUGUUCUUGGGUGUGGAGAUCCUCAAGACUGGUCAACACUUAUAUUUCAGAGCUUUGGGUAUUAGCAGGUCAUCAGUCUUGCAGGAGGGUCCCUCCUGUGUUGCUCCUGGAAGUAUACUGGGUAUUUUGAGUCUUUGAUGUAUUGGAAAAGUGUUCUCUGCCAGUAUUUGUUCGCAACUAUAUUAAAGGUAACUAGGAUGUUAACAUCUGACUUGAUUUCUGGUGUUGUUCAAUCAUUUGGGAGGUGUUUAGGCACUUUUCUGAAUUACUGUAUCAAAACAUUUUAAGUAAAAGUUAUUUUUAUGAGCUUGUUGC